AUGCUCAGAGCUUGGAGCAACAAGAAAAGCAGAUCCCUUACAGAUAGAAAGAGAGAGUUCCUUAACACUAAAUCUGGAAACUACCAUCUUUCUCUGCCAUUGCUCUUUGCAGUCUGCUGCCUGAGUGCUGUUCAUCUUUCCUCUCUGGUUUCCCUCAGUCCGCAGCACAAUACAUGGCAAAUAUGGACAUUCCGGAAAGCGAGAGAUUAGCCUUCUGCUUUAGCCAGUGGACAGCAAUUCUGGAACAACCACAGAUUUCCAAUUUUGUCAUGGAUCUUUGUAGCUCCAUUUACAAUAGAAUGAAGGUCAAUGAGGGGAAUAACCAAGAGGUAUAUAAAAGAUUUCUAUUUCACUACUCCAGAGCACAAGACCCUGCUCUAAAAACUGGGGAAUCACAUAUUACUACAGAAGAGUUUACAAAAAAGGAUAGCUCUGGCACAAUGGGAAGGCCAUUUUUCCUUUUCAGGCCUAGAAAUGGAAGACAGGUUUCCAUAGAUGAACACUAG